ACAGAGGGCAACAUGAAAUCGUUUGUAGUGUUUGCCUCUCUCCUGGCGCUGGUGUUGAGUGCGCCUCCAAAGCCAAACAACGACAAAUUCUUGAGGUUCUUACCAGCAAUCCGACACGAGGAGAAGCACGAUGAAUAUGGCCAGUACGCUCUACGGUAUAUUACUGCUGAAAAUACAGUCGUAUCAGAGCGCGGCCGGUUAGUGCCAACUGAAAAUGGUGGAUACGUCUUAGAAAUCGAGGGCCAGUACAGCUUCAUCGGAGAUGACGGCAGGAUCUACGUCACCAAGUACAGAGGCGGCGCAGACGGUUUCCAUGUUGACGCUGAACACUUACCCAAGCAAGUUCUACCCAUUCCCGCAGCCAAUGACUUUCUAUCAUUGCCCGCAGCUUAG